AUGGUCACCAAAAUUUGGUGUAAGGUUUGUCGGACCUUCAUCAAUAAAAUCAAGGAGGAUACAAGAAUUCGGGGGCAAGCCCAAAAAGACAUCGAGGCGUACGUAAUCGGGUCUGCAUUUGUCACCAAGUACACCGCCACACGACAUCUGUCAUCAAAGGCGCAUUCCAUUGGUCUGGAAUAUCAGAGACUUCUUGGUGAAGAAGGAGAGGCAUCAUCCUCAGGUGUCGUUGCUACGCCUGGCCCAAUCAAACGUACCCAGCCCAACAUAGCCCAGGCCAUCCACAGUGUAUCAGACGAGGCAUAUAGAAAGUUGCUGAGAAGUGCUUACAUCAUGGCUGUUGAUGGAUUACCACUUUCCACUUUUAAGACCUUGGUGAGAGUACAGAAAGCAAAUGGAGUGAAACUCAUCCAAGGAACAGAGAGCAGCAACAGAGCGAAAGAAUUUGUUCAUGUAAUCGCAGAUGUCAUCCGAUCUAAGUUAACAUCCAUAUUGUGUUCAGCUCCUGCAUUUUCUGUGCUGAGUGAUGGAUCUCAGACUAGAAAAACUGGAAACGAGAAAGAGCUUGUGAUGGUUCGGGUCGUGAAAGAUGGGCAUCCGAAAUUCUUUGUAGCUGCUCUAGAGAACGUAGACAGUUAUGGAGAUGCGACUGCAGGAAAUCUUCACAAAUCUAUCAAACAUGCACUGACAGAGAAGGUAAAGCUCCCUGCUGACAAAUACACAAAAGCUUUGGUGUCGGCUACUGCAGAUGGAGCAUCUGUCAAUACCGGAGUUUACAAUGGUCUUUUGGUUAGACUACAGAGAGACGGCCGCCCCUGGCUUGUUAUGAUUCACUGCAUCUCACACCGACUGGAGCUGGCAGUAAAAGACGCCCUUAUGAAUGAGGCUGCCCUUGUUGAGGUGAAAGAGCUGAUGGUUACCAUCUACUACCUGAUGAAAAGAUCCGGAAAAUUCAAGAGGCACUUUGAAGCUACCGGAAAAGCACUGGAAUGUCAAGUGUACAAGUUUCCAAAGGUUCACGGAACGCGUUUUGUGGGCCACCAGAGAAAUGGUCUGCGCAUCCUUCUCAACAACUGGAUCCCACUUGCUCUGGCUAUUGAGAACUCCAUCAUGCACAGCACUCACUCUAACCUGAAUGCCAAACUAAGAGGUAUUCUGAAGAAGCUGAGACGACCUGAUUUCCUUGCCACCAGCUGUCUCUUCUUCGAGAUUCUCGACAUCAUCUCAGCUCUGUCCCUGAAGUUUGAGAGAGGGGAUAUCCACGCUUUUGAAGUUCUCCCUGCAGUUGAGGUGACAAAGAUCAGCUUGCAGGGCCUACUUGAAGAUGAAAGUUCUGCCUCCCUGAUCCAGAAAGCUGGAUAUACUUAUGACCCAAACAGCAGUCAAAUUAGCCGGGAUCUUCCAAAAGAAGGACACAUGAGAAGAAGUGCAGAAAAUCGGCAAUACUCAACAGUCUCUUUGGAGAAAAUGGCCCAACGUAAUCUUCGCCAUGGUGUAAAUGAUGUCAGCGAAAGUCUCUGUCAGAAGUGCAUUCCUUUGUUGAUGAAGCGACUUGAUGACCGAUUCAGCUCAUUCAACAACGAGAGCGUGUUUACAAGCAUGUCUUGGCUGAAUCCAGCUAAUUGGAGAGAGGAUGAUGUGACCGCUGAGGUGGAAGCAAUGGAAGCUGUUGCUGCUCACUUCUCAACUUCACUGGCUGCUGUUGGCUUCCAGUCCAAUAAGAUUAAGCGAGAGUGGCAGAUGUUGAAAGUUUUGCACAAGACAUUCUACAGAGGUACGAAGACCAAGGAUAUGUGGGGGCAGAUUAUCAAGUACAGGAGAAAUGACAUGCCGAACAUGUGCCUACUUGUUGAGGUAGCCAUGGCCAUCGGAGUGAGCAACAGCACUGUUGAGUGUGGUUUUAGCAUCCUGACAUCAAUGCUGUCUGAUCGAAGGCUCUCCCUCAACCACAACACAAUGGAGGAUCUUCUUCUAAUUAAGGCCAAUCAUCUUGUCUGGGAGGAGCACGAGCGUGACGACAUCCUGGAAGAUGCUCUCAAAUUAUUUAUGUUGAAGAGGCGUAAACUAGUUCCUGAUGAUGGUGUAGAGGUUGGUCCAAAGAAGAUAAAGCUCUCAGAAGACAACCUGCAAAUCUCAGACAUCGAUUCAUGUAGCAGCUCUGAUACAGAUAGUGACAGCGGAGGGUCUGCUGAGCCUGACGAUGAAGAUGUGAAUGGCAAAUCUGGGUCUGAAUCAGAUGAACGUGAGACCAGUGAUGGUGCUGAAGCAACUACUUCUAACCCUGAUAACACUUCAGAUGACUCAUCUUUUUGA